AAGCUCUGAACCCAAAACAAAUCCCUUUACCCACGGCCCUUGAGGGGGGUGGCUUCAAUCUUCUUCACUCCUAGAGUGACAAGGGUCACCAUGGCGGUGGCUUGAAAUUCGACGCUACACUCCAAGCCCACCUUCUUUGAUCUGUGAAUAUUCACAACACCCAACUCAUAUUUCAACCCCCUCUCAGUCUCUUCUGCUCCUCCAGGCUCCAUACUCCAAACUCCCCAUGAAAUGGAUCUUGAAGAGUGGGAGUACCUGCCCGAUGAUGGGUUUCUUGAUUUCAGUGAAGAUGGUGGGAGGAAGAUCUUCAUCAGGGACAGUGAUCCCAACUCCAAGGGCGUUUUCGACAUGAAUUACUUCAUAUGCCCAACUCCCAAGCGUGAGACUUGGGUGGAACCUCCUCCUCUCAGUCCGAGGCUGCCCAAGCAGCUUCUCCCACUCCAAAUUCGGUUGGAUCCACCUCCAAUCGUUGAUGAGGAGGUUGUGAAGCACAUCACUAAGAUUCCACUCCAGAUUGAGGCCCUGCCACCGCCGGUGAUCAGGGCUCCAAGCCUGGAAGCCUUGAAGGAAGCCGAUCAAGACACGGUUUCCCAAGUUUUCUUCAAGAAAAUGAAGGAAAAUGAAUUCGUCGACAUGAAAAUGGACUCUCCCAAGUCCGGAAGCAGGGGAAUCCUGCCUCAAAUCGAGGCGGGUGGGUUCCAGUUUGAGGAGAAGGAUGAGAAGAUGGAGAAUACCCACAACCCAUCAAAGAAAAAUAAUCUGGGACCGGCUCCGGGCCCAGAUAUCAAAGAAGAUGAAGAGGGCAGUUGGACAGAGAGCAGCGGUCGGUUCAACGUAUGGAAGUGGGGCUUAACUGGGAUCGGUGCCCUCUGCUCCUUCGGGGUUGCUGCUACUACCAUCUGCAUUAUCAUCUUCGCCAGCAGCCAAAGAAACAAACACCACCAACACAACCAAAAGCUUCGGUUUCAGAUCAUCACUGACGACAAGAGGAUCAAGCGAGUGGUUCACCAUGCAACAAAAUUGAAUGAAGCUUUUUCUGCAGUGAGAGGAGUUCCCCUGACCAGAGCUCAUAUAACCUUUGGUGGCUACUAUGAUGGUCUCUGAGCAUUAUCUUGAAGAUGGGUUUGCUGUGGCUCAACACUUAUCAGACACCUGGAUCUGCACCUGCAGGAUCUUUAUAUAUCUGUUACUAUAUGUGCAUAUAUAGAUUCCUAUUUCUGUUUGUAUUAUAGGACCCCUUCUGGCUAUAUAAUAAAAAAACUGCCAUACCAUACAAGUUGGUUCCUUA